AUGCGCUGGAGCACAGUCACAUUCGCUGGCCUCUUGGCCACGGUGCAUGCCGCACCAAGAUUGCUUGACCAGGCUACUCAAAAUGUCCAAAAUGAGCCGCAAGAGAAAGCUGCUGAUGCGGUGGCCAAUGGCUUAUACGCGCGCACGCACAAAUGGGGGAAUGCGAAGUUCGCACAACACUGGAACGCCCAGGGAACAGGAGCUCCAAUGACAAUGCCGACCAUGGCACCGGGAUGUCCUACUGCCAGUGUCGUCGUUUCAACUACCACGGUCGAUGUGACUGUCUAUGUUACUCCCGCAGCAAACACCACUGAGCCGUGUCCGGAAGAGACACCCGCACCGACUACGUCGGAGCCAUGUCCUGAGGAGACGACUACCGAGCCGUGUCCGGAAGAGACAGGAAAAUGGAACAGUACCAUGCCUGCUAGCACGACUGAGCCGUGCCCCGAGACGACGGGCUGGAAUACCACGACGCCUACGACUUCGGAGCCGUGCGAAUCGACGGGCUGGAUGAACUCGACUGUUCCUCUAACUACUGGGCCGAAGAGCACCACGGUGAUUCAUAUGACCAAGAACAUGACCAUGACGUCGGAGCCGUGUCCUGAGGAAACGCCUACUACCACCGAGCCAUGUGAGGAGACGUGGACGUCUACACAUGCAACCACUCGAACCGUGCAGGUUACGCCCUUCACCACCGCAUCGUCAACGUCCUGCGUAAUUGAUACGUCCAUGACUCCCGUGACAAAAUCAUCCAUGACCAGCACACCGACCGCUGUGCAGACGCCAACACAGACAAUCUGCGAGCAUGACAAGCCCACUGGCUCGCCGAGAGGGGACUCUUCAUACUGCGGGAUCAAGGGCCAACCGGCGGGGACGUACUUUAUCGCUGAGUUUAUCGAGGAGAGGUCGGGUGUGGCCGUCACAGAGGAGGGAUGCUACCAGUUUUGCGAUUCCGUAAUGGAAGACACAAAGGGGUGUCAGUCGUAUCGCUUCUAUAAGAACGAACUGGGAGCCCCGCGCUGCGAUCUCUACGGCAUGACGGUAAGCCAUGUCGUUAGGGAUCUGGAUAAUAACCAGCCUGGUAGGUGGUAUGACUUAUCUUGUGGUUCGCCCACGGGACAGAAGUGGCAUGAGAGUAUGCCGCAGCAUGAGAAGAUGGAUGCCGCUGCUGGUGCUAAGAGUGAGAAGCCGGGGUUGUUGAACUUGAAGCUUGGGCCUUUGAGUUUGGGUUUGUAA